AGUCAAUGCCAUGUAACAUGGCGGAUGGUUUAGAUUAUGCAUCGCAAAGGACCGGGGGGACCACGUCCUCCAUGGAAGAAGAAAGGAGAAGCUAAGGGGAAAAUCGUAAAGAGAAGCAUAUCUGUACAUAAUAGAAAUCUUCGUUUAUUUGCUACUCCAAUACUGGUUGUGUUUAUUUUUGUUCGUUCAUUAGCUUAUCAGUUUUUCUUAGCAAUUGUCCUGGUCAGCCAGUACAGCAGACGAACCAUUUCUGCUCGUUGGCCGACUAAAAACACUGCAAUAGAAGCGGCGCCGAUUAUGUCUAGUAAUGGUAAAGCAAAGAAUCCAGUUGGUCCCGGUGAACCUGCUUUGGCCAAUCAAAAAAAAUACCACAGAAAGGCUUUUGAAUUCAUUUCUAAAGCUUUAAAAAUUGAUGAAGAGGAUGGAGGUAUGUCAAACUCUUUUCAGUAUAGUAGUAUAAGUAUAGUAGUAAUUAGUAAUAGUAUAAUAAAUUAAUUAUAUUUUUAGUUCAGGCUAUAUUAUAUGACAAUAUGAAUGGAAUAUGUAUUUAUUGAAUAAAUAUCAAUAUAAAUCUCGGUGUAUCUCUUAUAUUUUAAUACUACUAUACCUUUUUAAGUCUCAUUCUAAAUCUAAUUAAUUCACUUUUUAAACAGUCAAGACUAGGACUAGGCUAAUUGAGUCACUAGGGUUGUCCGAUGAAAAGGACGACAUUUCGGUGCAGACAUUUCAAGGCUUUAAAAAUAGAAAGUCUAAAAAGGACACUUUCUGACUUGGUUUGAAUUGCAUAAAUUAUGCAUUUUUUCAUGAAUUUUGUCUGAAAUAAAUAUAAAAUAUAUUUAUUUAAGGAAAGGUGUACUUAGCGGGGCAGGCUUUGACAAGAGUUGUCCACCAGGAACAGAGUGACGGCACAAUUUAAAAUCUCAACAAUAGACUUAAUUAAUAAUAAUUAUGAAUUAUUUGUACGUCGUUAUUUGACAUUAACUUUUCCGCUCUUCUCAGAGUCAGAACAUUAUCCUCAUCAUAACCUUAAACCUGACAAUCGAUAAAGUUUAUAUGAGAUAUAUUUAAAUGAAAUUUUACAUUCUACAAUUUUUAAAAUGAAUUUUAACUUACAAGAUUCAAAUGGAAAAAAAAGAAAUUCAUUAAUGUUGAUAUGCCAAAAUUACCACAGUCAAAGGUAAUAAAUAUAAAAGUACAGAGCAUGGCUAAAAAUGCUGUCUUUUGAUUGGUUAGGAAAUAACAAAUGUUUGUGAAUCCGUAUGGAUGAACUAAAUUUAAUUUGCACCAAAUUUUAUGCAAUUACAUUAUUGGAUGUUAUUUCCACUUUAACAUGGAAUUCCCCUAUUAUACUUUAAAAAAAAAUCACAUCAGUUUAAUAAAAAUGCGUCGAAUUUCCCUCAUGGCACUUCAUCUUUUCAGUUGUUUAAACUACUUUCUUAAACAAAAAAAAAGUUUUCAUUAUUUCUUUAGCCAGGAAGGAUAUUGCAGUUGAACUUUACAAAAAAGGAAUCGCUGAACUCGAAAGAGGUAUCGCUGUGAAUGUAGAAGGACAAGGUAAAAAUUAUUUACUUACUUUGGCAUUGACAAGUGUUCUCCAAAUUACUUAUCCCACUCAAUUCAUCAUAAAAAUUAUAUCUGUGAUCUUUCUUAUCUUUCCAUCUGUAACUUCCUGAUUAUUCAUUCAACAUAUCUGCAGAGUUAAAGAAAAUUUGAAUAUUUGCUCAAUAUAGUUUUCUACAGGAGACUGAGCUAUUUUAAUUCAUUAUCUAAAGCGCGUAAACUAAAAAUUUAUUAUUUAGGAACUCUUAGAUACUAGGCCUUUUAUUUCUUCCGUUAUGUAUGUACAAAUUUUAAACAUUGAUGAUAUUGAUUUCAUGAUAAAAUUAAUCGUUUACAUAUAUCACAGCCUAAUAUAUUUGAUGUUCAAAUUUAUUCUUGAUUGUUUAAAAAAAUUAUUUUUUUUUUGUGCAGAUAUAUUUUUAUGGAUAAAUUUAUGGAAUCUUAGUAACAAGCACACGUUAAAUAAAUAAAGUAGGAACAGUUUAUAAAAGUAAUUUAAGGUGAAAAUUAUGAGUUUGGGGAUAUGGCGGAGAGUAGGGGAAGAGUUGGUUUUUAAAAAUUGAGGGCUAAUUGGAGGGGAAUUGCUGGGGAAUAUAGGGGCAUGUGAACUAUAAACAUCAUGGUUAAGGUCAAAAGGAUGGUGUGGGAAGAGGGGUGGAAGGGGCGGUGCGCCCUAACCGCCCCAAGUAACUCUUAUUUAUAAAUAUAAGGGGUGUCAUUUUCUGCAUACUGUAGAGUCAAGCAGACAUUUUUCGUGGAGGGUGGGGGGAAAAACAUAAAUCUUGCCCUGUCCUGGGUAGCAUCAGACCUGUUUACUCUUACGACUUUGGCGUACAAUGUACGAUUUUUAGAAAUCUUUUACGAUUGUACGCAGAGACCCGCCAAAACUAUGAUUUUCAGAGACCCGCCCCCAUCAAAGCUGUCAUAUGCAUCCUCAGCGUAUACGUAAUGUUUGGGUUGCCCUUUAUGCUGACAAGGUGUGGAGGAGGGGGUGUGAAUAUUUUAAACUUUCUAAUUUUUAUUUUACGUACCGGGUACGUUAUAUAUGGAUGUCCCACUGUCAAAACCGCUCUGGCGUUCGAAUUCGGCUACACUGACAAUGUUCACAUUGCAUGAUUUUAAUGUUUCCAUUAAUGGAAUCGGCGAUCCUUUUUGUUUUCGGUACUGUAGUUCAGUUUACUUAGUUAGUAUAAAAGACCUGUUACAAUUUUGGCGUACACUGUAGGAUAUGACGUCUUUUACGAUUGAACGCUAACAAGAUUGCAGUCUCUCCCCUUAUUAUCAUUUUAUAUGUACCCCAAAACCCGUCAGAACUAUAAUUUUAAGAGACUGGGUUGAAAAUAUAUACAUUCCGGUAAUUUUUUUCCAAUUUAAAAAAAAAAAAUAAUUAAAAAGUAUAUUUUUGGUUGUUGGUUUUAAUUUGCAUUCUACAUCCAGCAGUGAAUGGAUUGAGAAAUAUGAUUGGUUGGUUGGGGACCAUUUAUAAAGACACGUUUGUUCUGAGAGGGAAAUGGAUUGGUGUGGAUUUAGGAGAUUUUUGUGUAAAAGUUUUUGUGUGUGGGAGCCCCCAUAUAUUUAAGUCUAUAAAAUUAAAAAAUUAACGCCUUCGUAAUGAUUAGUAAGCAGAGGAGGAGGGUCUCGAGGGAGUUCGAGGGUAAACAGGUCUGCAUUAACCCUAGCUGGGCUACUGGUUACAGGUCAUCUUGUCUUUAAAAGUGUUUUUAUUUAAGCCAAAUUAAAUAUGGUAUAUGUUGGGUUUUUUUGUUGUUGUUGUUUUAGAUCCAUGAAAUGUAAAAGCAAAUUUGACUAAAUCUGUCCUCCAAAUUGGAGACGCCUGUUAUGUACUAUAUUAGUUAUUAUUAAUAUUUUAUUUUUAAAUAUGUCAAGGACAAUAGAAUAAGUUUCAAAUGGGCAUCUCUAAAAAGUUAAAUAAACAGAUACAAAGCAUUGUGUCUUAAGAGUUUUAAGGAUGGAUUUCAAAUAUAACUAAAGAAAACUGUAAUUUUGUAUAAUACCCUAGUAGAAGCUAACAAACGGAUGCGGGCAUUAAUUAGUGUAUGCUGACAUAGUUUUAAUAACCAUUCAACAUGCAGUGAUGUGUCUAGUUUUUUAUUUUAAUACACAGGUGAGACAUUUGAUCGGGCAAGGCGGCUGAAAGACAAAAUGGAAACAAAUCUAAUCAUGGUUAAAGAUAGACUUGAUGUUUUAGGUGAGUGUACAUUUCUUGUAUAUAAACUUAGCUGUGCCUUGCUUGUGUUUUUUUGCUUUUGUAUUUUGAAAAUCGGCUUUUAAUCCAUAAAAUUGUCAUAUUGAGUUCCUUAAUAGUCAUACUACUUAUUAAUAUUCAAAAUUAAAGAAUAAGUCUUAAAAUAUUUCCAAAUAUGUAUAAAACGUUCAUGUUUUUUCAAGUUUUAAAAGACCCAUAAGGUACAUACAUGCUAGGUGUACUAUAUAUUACUUAACUAUAUAGUUUUAAAUCCUCUAAUCACAUUUUUUCAAUAUGUAUUAACAAAAUAUGGGAGUAUUGUUUGUCAAGUUACGCAGAGGGUAAUUUGUGAAUUCAUGAAAUCUGCAGCAUGUUGUAUGGAUACAUUUUUAUUUCCUUAGUAAAUGUAAACUAAUUAUAAAUUGAUUGUAGUGCCUGCAAACUUCUAUUGAAAUAAUUAUGGUUAAAGAAACUAAAUUAGUCAUUGCAAAUUAACUCUCUUUAUUUCGAUUCCAUAAAGUGAGCUAUGUUUACACUCAAAUAUAUGGAAUGAAUAAUAAUAAAUUGUAAGGAUAAAAAAAUGCAGUUUUAUUGUUUAAUAAGCCAUGUUAUCCAGAGUUAUUUAUUCAUUCUUUUAAGUCAUAUAAAAAAUCUAUUUUGAAAUUGGCAACCUUUUAUCCCAUUAUUUCAACAGGACAUUGAUAGCAAAUAUUUUUACACAAGAUAUAGAUGUUUUAUCACUUUUUUAAUUUGUUAAAUGUGUGCACCUUUAAUACUUUUUGUUUGUUUUGGUCUAUAUAAUAUACUGAUUUUUUAAUGUUUUUUUGGGGCCAAAAAUUAUGCCAUAUGACUUUUCAGCCAUGUCUGUUGGGUCAUUAUAAUUUAAUAAAAUCCAAGCAAAAAAAUAAUGUUUUGUUUUUUUAAAAUAAUUUUUUUAUAAUGCACUUUUAAAUUCUGUUGUUAAUAUCACAAAGGUAAUUUGUUUUGGGAAGUGAUACAAUCUUAGUUUGCUGCAAGUACUUUUCAUUUUCAUUUUUUUAUUGUUAUAAUUAGAGAAGGUAAUAGAAAAAAUGAAGUUGGACUGUCCAGAUGUUAAAGUUACACACUCUGAACAAAAUGCCACCACUGGUGUUGAUCACAGGACUCUGUCCCCAUCAAAAGUUGUUCCCCCUGUGUUAGCUAGAAAUAAUGUGGAUUUAAGACAAUUGCCUUCCUGCAGCAAAGUUCCCAGCUUUUGCGCUGGGUUUAAUCCAACCAAAUUAACCAGUGAUAUUUCUCCAGGUAUGUUAUUUAAUCUGUUAUUGCUGCAUCUCAAUUUUACCAUUGUUAUCAAGAUACAAACCCUUUUAUAUAGUUUAAUUACAAACCAUAUUUCUAAAUGAAUUAUCAGGCAUCCUGCUAGGUAGUUUUGUCUGGUAGCCUCUUUCUUCCUAGAUGUAAUAUAUCUAGCUCUAAUACAAUAUAUAAAAGUCCUAAUUUUCUGUAUUUUUGAAACAUAUAACAAUGAAAAUAUUUAAUUUGUUAGCGUCCUUAUAAACAGAACAGAAUUAUUUUACUAAUACAAUUUAAAAGGAUUUUUAUUACAAGUAUAUGUAAAAAUAUAUGUUGUGAUUAAACACAUUUUUUAUUUAUUCAAAAUAUAUUAACUCAAACAUUGUAUUGGAAUAAGUAGCCUUGAGUGAAUAUUACUUAUGGAUAUGUAUAGAAAGGGUUAUUGGGAAAAAAAGAGAUGUAUUAAAAAUCAAAUUUUCGUUUAUUUUUGUGUGCAAUAAUAUCCAUCCAUCCAUGUGGCCCUACAGCCCAUGUUGUGCUUUGGCCUGCUCCAACACUUUCUUCUACUCAGACCUAACUGAUGAUUUUAUUUGCCAUGCUUGGAUUCCAAGCUGCAGUAGAUCUGUUUCUACAUUGUCUAUAAUUUCUACAUCAUCUAUCCAUCUAAGCCUAGGUCUGCCUUUGAGCCGAUUGCCUCUGAGGUUUCACCCUUCUUUCAUUUUUAGGUGUCCCGUCUGAUGCAGACUGCCCCUUUUUAUUUAUGCUACUUGUUGGUCCAUAUAUUUUCCAUAAGACUUUUCUCCUAAUUUAUACAUAGUUUUAAUUGUUUUUCUUGUGAUGUUUUUACUUUUUAAUAUUUUGUGACUACUGAAGAAUGCCCUGCUCCCUGCGGGUAGUAUUUCUUUUGUUUUUGUUGGUAAGUCAUUCCUUUCAUUUAAUUUAGGAUUCUAAAUAUUUGAAUGGUGUGGUUUCUAAUUCAAAAAAAGUUUUUGGGAUGUCUUUAUCCUUUUUUUAUAACAUUGCCAUAUUAUUGGCAUAUGCAAGGUACUGAAGGGGUUGGUUGUAUAGAGUGUCUAUUGGUUGUGGGCCUUGAGUCUUUCUUAGAAAGCAUCCUGAGAUUGGUCCUCUGGUGUCAAUAUGCAUACUCUUUGUAACUCUCUAUGUUUGGUUAAACAAAAUACAAGAUAGUGAGUCUUCUUGUCUUAGGUCUCAUCUAAUCUGAAAUUCCCUUGAAUAUUCACCUUGAACCUUGAUUUUGCUUUUUGGGUUGCUUAAUGUUUUAUGUGUCAGUCUUGUACAUUUAUUGGGUGUGCCAAUUCCUGCAAUGUCUUAUAAAGGUGUUUCCUUUGAUGCUGAUGGUAGCCAUUAUAUAGUACACAUAGAGUUGAUGCACUGGAAUAUUAUAUAUUACAUAUUUGUAAUAUUUCUCUAAUUGGCAUCUGAUAGUGAAAAUUUGAUGAGCGAUCUAUUUUGAAUCCGCAUUGGUAGUCAUCUAGGGUCUUUUCAGUGUACUUUUGGAGUCUCUUUCUUUUAGUUUGGUGUUUUCCCAUUCUUUUUUGUUCCCUGCACAUUUUUGUAUUUGUUUAGUGUUUUCAUAGUAGUUUUUUUUUUUUUUUACAAUAAGCAACAAAAUUAAUGAAGAAAAGUCCAGGAUUCAGAACAAAUCUUUAUUAAGAUUUCAUAAUUUAUUUAUUUAGAAAAAUAUUAUUUUGUUUUUUUUUUUUUUUGUUUUGUUUUUUUUCUUUUUUUUUUUUUUUUUUUUUUUUUUUUUUUUUUUUUUGUGUUUUUUUUGUAGUUUUUUUUUUUUUUUACAAUAAGCAACAAAAUUAAUGAAGAAAAGUCCAGGAUUCAGAACAAAUCUUUAUUAAGAUUUCAUAAUUUAUUUAUUUAGAAAAAUAUUAUUUUAAAAAAAACCUGUAAUUUCUUGUUUUUUUAAAAUUGUUUUUGGUUUUGUUAAUAGUAAACAUAUUUUACUAUGAUUAAAUUUAUAAUAGCAUCUUAUUGAGUUUUUCUAAGUAAAACUGAAAAAUAAAUUAUCUUAAAAAAUAUUGUACAUUUUAGUUAAGAUUAAAAUAUAUAUUAUAAUAAAACAAUUUUAAAUUGAUUUGAAAGUAGGCAGUUAAACAUAUUAAGAAGAUAGUGGAAACUUUUUACAAACUUUUUUUCUUUUGAUUACCAUACCAUUAAGGUUAGAAUGAGUUAAAAAUCUAUCAACCAAUGCAUGUUAAAUGCAAUUGAACCAUUAAAAAAACAAAAAAAAACUAUAUCACAGUUUCACAUAAAUCAAGCAAAUUGAAGAAUAUGCCCAUGGCUGUGUCAAGAACAAGCGGUGCCAUAAAUAUACCUCGAGGAGGAAGUGCAGGUGGUCGAGAAAGAAAGUCAUCUACAUCAUCAACUCCUGGAUCAUCUCCAGGAUCACGGCGGCGACCAACACACAUGAGACAAACAUCUCAGCCUGAUGUAUGUUACCCUAAUUGCACUAAAAAUCUGUUCCAUAUUUGUUACUGCCCCCUGGGUACCUGUGGGUUGGCCGUUGGCCUGGGUUAAGGACCCCUAAUGAGCCAAAUCUAGUUUGAGGACCCCUGCCAUAUAUGAAGGUUAUUUUAUCAUGGGAUGUUUAAAAGGGAGUGUGUAAGAGAGGGGUGCAUUAAAUUUUUAUCUUGAUAUUUACUAAACAGAAGUCAUUAGUGUUUAAACAAACAUGGGAUCGAUGCGUUUUUGCUAUUGAACGUAUUUUGCUUAAAAGUUGAUUUAUGAAGUUGAUUUUAUAAUAAAUCUGACAUUGAUCUGCAUUAAUGUUUUUUGGUUUAAUAGAUUAUUUAAACUAUAGUUUUAAAAAAAAACAUUGAAAAAUUUGAUUAUUUUACUCUCAGCUCAGAAAAAUCAAACAGCAGUGAAAACUUUUGUUAUCAGUCUGAAAUUUAAAAAAAAAAAAAUGUUUGAAACUUAAAUAUAAAAUGUGAUCUAAUUGAUUGAUUUCAUCAUGUUGUUACACAUUUUCUUUAAAACACUCAGAUCCGUGGCCUGACAAAUCAAAGAGAUCUUUCAAAUGUUAAAUUGAAAAAUGUUGACAAAAAAUUGGCAGAUGUUAUUCUUGGGGAAAUUAUUGACACUGGACAAGAGAUUCUAUUUUCAGACAUAGGUAAUUUGCUAGUGUUUACAAAUAUUUCAUGUUAUUAGUGCUUUUAUUUCUGGUAGAUUUCGUUAAGUUAAAAUACAAUAAAUUAAGAAUAAUUUUGCAACAAUUGUUUUUUUAAGAUAAGAAGUGAAAUUUGUCAUAUCAGUGCUAUAUGGAUUUAACUUUUUGGGUUGUGUGAUGAUUAGUAUUGUGACAGAUCUUUGGGAUAAACAAACUCCUCUGCACAUCCCUGCUCACUCCAGUAUAAAGUAUAUUUUUCUGAUUGGCAGCUGGUCAAGACACUGCAAAACAAGCCUUACAAGAAAUAGUAAUAUUACCAGCUCUACGACCAGAGGUAAGUAAAGUCAUGGUAGUUUCAAACUAACUUCUUAUUCUAACCUCAAAUGUCAGUUUUUAGUUUGGCAUAACACUUGGCAUACACUGCUACAUUUUGAAUUUGUACUAAUAUUUCCUUUUCCUUCUUUUCUCUCAGUUAUUUACUGGUCUGAGGGCGCCUGCUAGAGGUCUCUUAUUGUUUGGUCCUCCAGGAAAUGGCAAAACACUUUUGGUAACAAGUUAUUAUAAAAUAUAUAUAGUGUUUUAAAGGUGAUUUAUAGGCAUGAUUUAUUGAUUCCUAUCAAGCAUUCAAAAGUAAUUAGGAAAAUGGUAAUUAGGAAAACGAACACUUACACACUAAAUAUUUUAUGUUUGUUUCAGGCUAAAGCAGUUGCCUAUGAAUCUAAAUCAGUUUUCUUCAACAUAAGUGCUUCAAGUCUUACUUCAAAAUGGGUGAGAAGAAUCAUUCUUAUUGUUUAAUCAAAGUUAAAUGUUAGAUUUUUUGUAGUAUUAAUAAGAACAGGUAUUUAUAAAAUAAUCAUUUUUUCAAUACUAUUUACAUUUUAAAUUCAGAAAUGAAUACAACAGUCUUGAGAAAAAGUUCAAAAGCAAUUAUGGGGUCAUUAUUAUUCUUUAUAUUUUGCAUUUCAAUAUUUGGCAAUACAUUAGCAACAUUGAUUUUUUUAAAUUAUUAAUUUCAAAUGAAAUUGAAUAGCAUCUUAUUCAAAUGAUCUCUCCUGGAAUCACAUACAUUUUUGUGAGAUAUUGAAAUAUUUAUCUAUCUACAGGUUGGAGAAGGAGAAAAGCUAGUGCGAACAUUAUUCACAGCUGCCAGACAGCUUCAGCCUUCUAUUAUAUUUAUAGGUGAGUGAAAAACAUAAACAUUCAUUAAAUAACCAAUACUUUUUCUAUCAGCUGAUUCUAUUUAAUUCUCUCACCAGAGUUGAAUAUAUUACACACAUACUAUUGCAUCUUUCCCAGAUGAAAUCGACUCAUUGUUGUGUGAGAGGAGAGAAGGAGAAAAUGAUGCAAGUAGGAGAUUGAAAACUGAGUUUCUUGUUCAGUUUGAUGGUGUAAGUAAUCAAUGACUCAGUUUCUGGUGAUUUGGUUUGACACUUUUAUUUCAGCCCGUAAAUUAUGUGAUCAAGCUUUUAAAAUAGGAAAUUUGAAUUGAAAGGAUUUUUAUAUAUGUAUAUGCAUACACCUAUAUUAUAUACAUAUAUAUAUAUACAUACAUAUAUAUAUACACAUACAUAUUUAUAUAAUAUAUAUACACACAUACAUAUUUAUAUAUAUAUAUACACACACAUACAUAUUUAUAUUUAUAUAUAUAUAUAUAUAUAUAUAUAUAUAUAUAUAUAUAUAUAUACACAUACAUACAUACAUACAUACAUACACACACACAGUAACUUUUGUGUCAUCUGUGUUUUGUCUUUUAUAUAUACACUAUCUUUUGUGUAAUCUUUUCUGUGUCUUUUAUAUAUUCUGUUUUUUUUGUGUUAUCUGUGUUUUGUUUUUUUUAUAUAUUUUUAUAUAUAUAUAUAUAUAUACAUAUAUUAUAUAUAUAUAUAUAUAUAUAUAUAUAUAUAUAUACACAUACAUAUAUAUAUAAUAUAUAUACACACAUAUAUAUAUAUAUAUAUAUAUACACACACAUACAUAUAUAUAUAUAUAUAUAUAUAUAUAUAUAUAUAUAUAUAUAUAUAUAUAUACAUACACAUACAUACAUACAUACAUACAUGCACACACACAGUAACUUUUGUGUCAUCUGUGUUUUGACUUUUAUUUAUACACUAACUUUUGUGUAAUCUUUGCUGUGACCUUGAAAUAUACUGUAACUUUUGUGUCAUCUGUGUUUUGACCUUUUAAUAUACAGAAACUUUUGUGUCAUCUGUAUUUUGACUUUUAUUCAUUAAUUUUUUUUUCAAGAGGAGUUAAAGAUGGUUUUUAUCUCUGUGGGCAAAAAUUGUCAAGGCUAAUAUUAUUUUAUUAUAAGUAAUUCAGUCAAUAGGUAUUUUCAAACAUGCUGUCUUUCAGGCCAUCUUAAAUAAAAUUGCAAAAUAACUAUAUUAUGUCAUAGAAAGGAUGUUUUCUGAGGUGUUUUUCUUCAUUUAAGGUUUCCUCCAAUUCUGAGGAUAAAAUACUAGUAAUGGGUGCAACUAAUCGCCCACAGGAACUGGAUGAUGCUGUUUUAAGGUAGCUGUAUUUUUUUACUUUAUUUUUUUUUUUAAAUGAAAAGUUUUAAAAAGUAACUAACUUAAAAUUUAAUUUUGAAUAAUGAGUUGAGAAGUUACAAAUAUAAAUCCCUAAAUAUCCUUCAAUAUAUGAACAUGCAAAAAAACAACCUGAAAGUUUCUUUUUCAAUCCUAUCAGUCAUUUGUUACUAGAAUGAAUCCAUAUUUUUUUUCAGACGUUUCCCUAAACGAGUUUAUGUAACUAUGCCAGACUUAAUGACUAGACGAGUGAUGCUCUCUCACCUCUUAUCUAAGCAGGGUAACCCUCUUUCCCAGAAAGAACUGGAUAAUUUGGCAAAGUAAGUACUAUUUAUAUAUAAUUCUGUCCAUUUAUACAUUAUUGAUAAGUGGUUUAUUGAUUGUGAAGUUGGUUAUGGUUUUACAAGUAGUUUUAAGCUUAUAAGUAGGUACUUUGGUAUUUUAGACAAACUGAAGGUUAUUCUGGAAGUGAUCUGAAUGCUUUGGCUAAAGAUGCAGCCCUUGGGCCUAUACGAGAAUUAAGUCUUCAUGAAGUGAAGUCCAUGGAUGCUAACAAGGUACAUAUAUUUGGAGCUAUGUUUUUGUAGUUUUUUCUUUAAUUCAAUAAAAGUCUAUAUUAUGAUUUCCAAAAGUGCUGCAUAUUUUUAAAUAAUGAAGUUGGUUUUGGAUGUUAAAAAACAACUGUACUGUAAAAAUCUUCCCACCUGCCAAGAGAACGCCUGAACUCCUGUAUUUAAUCACUUUAAGUUUAAGAUUAUUUAUUCAGCAUAACAUUUAUCACUUUCUGAAUCGUUCAAUAUUUUUUAAAUUUACUCUUAUAAUUUGAGAUUAUAUAAUUAUAUAAACCGUGGAUUCAUUUUGUAGGUUUUUUCCCUCAUGAUCUCUUAUUUUAAUAUUAAAAUGUACUUUUGAGUGUUAGUUAUUAAAAUAUUUAUUACUUUAAAUUAACAGGUGCGCCCCAUUCAGGCUACAGAUUUUCGAGAAUCUCUAAAACGUAUUCGUCGUAGCGUUCCUUUAGAAUCCUUAGGCCGAUAUGAAGAAUGGAACAGGGAAUAUGGAGAUGUUGCAACCUAAAAACUAUAUUGAUUAAUAGCUUCAAAGUGCUUGUUAAAAAUUAAAAUCUCAUUGUAGAAAAAUAAUUGUUUCUAAUAACAAAAAAAAAAAGGUAAGAUUUCCCUUCUACUAAGGUUUUUUACAUGAGACUCAAAUCUCCUGCUAAUUUAUUAUGUGAGACUUAUUAAAUCUUGGGCUAAUAUAUUGAUAAGUUCAAGGGAUAAGUGAUCUUAAGGGGUUUUAAUGAUGAGUUCAAUUAAUUUUUCAAAAUCUUUAUGAAUUAACAUAAUAAAAAUUGUAUAUGAAAUUUGUGUUUAAGUAUUAUUACAUUCCCACCUAAUUUAUAAAGAUUAUUAUUUCUUAUUUAAUGCAUAUUAUGGUUUAACAUAAAAGUUCUUAACAUUGAACAUGGAUUCAUUCUUACUUUAGCCAUUAUUUAGCCAUUUAUCUAUUGGAAGUCAUUAAAUUGAACCACUUAAAAUGUUUUAAAUCAUGAUUUGAAUUGAGUCCUACUUUGUUCUAGUGUUCCUAACACAGCCAUAUUUACUAUUUGUUUCCUAAAUAAAAUCGAAUGCCAUUUGUACAACGUGUAUAUAGUUUGCUGAAUAUAUUUUAUAAAAAAAAACACUUUAAAAAAACAACACAACUAUUAAUUGUUCAAUUUGAUUUAUACUAACGUGUUUACUGUGGUAACCCAGCUGUCUUUUGCAGCUUUGUUUUGUGCAUGUUUGUAUAUAGUUUUCUCUCCUCCACCUACAUCAAGCUACUCCACAGAUGGGAUCCUGGCAGCUUUACAAUUAGAAACAUUUUUUUCUUCUAAGAGGCACUCCAUGAUCCUUGUCAGUAGUUAAACUUUAGUUGCUGGUCUUUCAAAGUAUUUCAGCAUUUAAUUUUUUUUUUUUAAAAUAAUGUUAUGUACAGGUCUUUAUAGUUUAGGUCACUGUUUCAGUUAGAGUGUCCCAGAAUAUCUGUCGCCAACAGUGGUGUAGCUAGGAGAGGGGAAGGGGGGGGUCCAAAUUCGAAAGUCCCCCCUGGCCCCUACUUGAGGGGGGCCCCCAAAGGCGUGUCCGAAAUUUUUUUUACAUUAAAUAAUGUAGAAUGUCAAAAUGCAGUGGCCCCUAAAGAGGCCAAGCCCCCUGGUCCCCCAAAUCCCUCCCAAAUACCUAGCUACGCCACUGGUCGCCAAAGAUAUUUGCUACAGCCCCUGCUGGAGUAAAUAAAAUACAACUUCAUUACAAGUUUUUACAGUAAACAAAUUUAGGUUUGCCACAAUUUUUGAUUUUAUAGAGAAGGAAAAUAAGUCUAAAAUACUUGUAAAGAUCUCUGUUUGGUUUGCAGAGUCUUAGUGUCUGUUGACUGCAGAUAGUGAAGCAUGAGUUUCAAUUGCUUGAAAGAAAAUUAGAAGAAAAAAGUUAACUUUUAUUUGAUUUAUAUCAAGAGAUUGAAUUAAAAUACUAUGGGAUUUUUUUUCCUUCCUUCCAUAUAAAUAGGAUAUAUUUUCUUUUCUGCACUUUGUUGGAAGCAAAAUAAUAAUCAUAAUUCUGAGAAUAUUUUUUGGCUAGUUAUUUCCACAAAAGCUGCCUAUUAUUUUUUAUGAUUAGCAGUUGAAAAAAUGUGUUUUCUCCCUCUAAACUGCUGUAGAAGAAAACACCUAUGUAUUUUAAAAACAUUUUAUGAAAUUAUUUAUCACCUGUGAUGACUAACCAAAGACUGACAAAAGUACCCAAAAUAUUGCUUUCUAACUGAGAAGAGAGUAUAAAUAAGAAUUUUAAAUUAAUUUUUUAUGUUUUCAUCUGUCAAUUGUACUCGUCCACAUUCUGUCAUUGUGAUGUGAUGAAUAGAUAAACGCUGCCCUGAAGAAUUUUAUAUGACUUAACCUGCAUACAAUUGGUGGUUAAAGUUUAAUUAGGUACAGAACUGAAAAGUUUGAAACAUACAACUGUCCACCAAAUCUCAACCAUUCCUGAGGAGAGAUUGUUCAACAUUUAGCCUAGCUGGCCAGCUUUCAGCUGAAAAGGUCAUUAUCAUGCAUUGUUUUAUAUAUAACAAGACUAAGUAUAAUGUUUCACUUAUAUUGUCAGGGUUGGUUUGAAAUUUUUUCCCAUACAUUGUAUCAACACUUAUUUCACUUUUUUAUUUGAGG